AUGGCCGGGCCCCACACCUGGAUGGCCACUGGCUCCCAGCAGGAGGACUUUGGGAGCUCCUUCCUGCCUGGGAGCCGCCAGCCAGGGGACAGGUGGCCCUGGCAGCGAGUGACAGCCAGUGCCCAUGGCCGGGGACACCGGGAUGGCCGGGAAGCCCAGACCCUCGGCCUCGCUGGUGCCCAGACCACCCAGCUCCUCGUGCAGCCCCCCUGGACCCCGGCGGUGCUGUGGGACCGGGUGACACUGACCUGCCAGGGCUCGGGCACCGCCGGUGCCACCACCUGGUACAAGGACUGGCAGCGCUGGGGGCAGGAUGGACGCGACAGCUUCCUUGUCACUGAGAGUGGCACCUACACGUGUGACAGACCCGGCAGUGGGCUCAGCUACCCCGUGCUGGUGUCAAAUGAGCCGCUGGUGCUGCAGGUGCCAGCAUGGGCACUGCUGGAGGGGGACACGGUGACACUGCGCUGCCGGGGCCGGCCGGACAAGCCUGUCAGCAUCGUGCGAUUUUACCGGGACAACCAGAAUUUGAGUGGGUCCAUGAACAGCACGGAGAUGUCCCUGUCCCAUAUGCAGCUUCACAGCAGUGGUCGCUACCGCUGCACAGGCUGGGUAGGCUCAGUAGUUAAAUUAUCAGCACCAGUAUCAGUCACAGUGCAUGAACUGAUGCUGGUCUUGUUUCGGGAAGGUCCCUCCGAGCUCACCGAGGGGUCCCCCCUCAAUCUCAGCUGCCUCAGCACCCCCAGCCCCCUGCGGCCCCCAGCCCCCCUCCUGUACAGCUUCUACCGGGAUGGGCAGAGGGUGGGGGGCCCGCAGGGGUCCCCGCACCUCCUGGUGCCUGCUGCGGGAGUCUCCCACUCGGGGAAUUACACCUGCGAGGUGAGCUCUGAAGGGGGGACCAUGUGGAAGAUCAGUGACCGGCUCGGCGUCACGGUGCGCAGGGUCCCACCCUCGGGAGUGUCUCUGUUGGUGCAGCCCCCUGGGGGACAGGUGACACUGGGGGACAGCCUGGUGCUGAGCUGCACAGUGACCAUGGGGACAGGUCCCCUGUCCUUCUCCUGGCACCGGGAGGGCUCGGGGGCAACCCAGGGCACCGGCCCCCGCCUGGAGCUGCGGCACGUUGGGGACAAUGACAGCGGCCACUACCAGUGCCGGGUCAGCGACGGUGAAAGCGUGGCCCAGAGUGUCCCCCUGAAUGUCACUGUCCUGGUGCCCGUGGCCAAUGCCACCAUCACCCCCGGUCCCCCGGCACUCCAGGUGCGCCCAGGUGACCCCGUGACCCUGCGCUGCUCGGUGCAGGUGGGCUCAGCCCCUGUCACCUUCACCUGGCUGUACAACGGCCAGGAGCUGGCCCGGGGUCCCCUCCUAGAGCUUGGGGACGUCGAUGUGGGACAUUCGGGCACCUACCAGUGCAUGGCCACAAACCAGCUGGGACAGGACGGGCACCGCGUCUUCCGGGCACUCAGCCCAGAGCUGGCCCUGGAGGUGACACCACAGGGAACCACUGGACACCUCUGGAUCACAGCAGUGGCCGCAGGGCUUGGCGGGUCCCUCCUCUUCCUGGUGCUGCUUGUGGGUGGAGCUGUGGGCUGGCGCCGGUGGAACAACAUGGCUGCCAGGAAGCAGCAGGAAAGGCCCCUUCCGGAGCCCCCAGCCCCCCCAGAGGAGGGGGAGGUGCUGUACACCCACGUCGUGAUCACCGAGCAGAUGGGGGCGUCCCCCCGUGCCACCACACUCCAGGAUCCCCAGGUGACCUACGCGGAGCUGCCAGCAACCCAUGGGCGACCAAGGGAAUCUGGGGACAUCUACGGGAAUGACUCGGGAUCAGGCCACGACACAGGGGGAAAUCGCUCCUUUUGCAAACUCACGGGCACCAAUCGCUCCCGCCAUUACCGCCGGCAGCAGGCAGAACAGACGGAGGCAGCAGGAUGGGUCCCAGUGCCCUGUGCCAGCGUAGCAGUGUCCCGGGGCCAGGCACACACCCUGCGCAACCCCCGCCACCGCUCCCCCUGA